AUGGGCGCGGCGACAGCUAACAGCACGCUCAGGUAUGGAUUAACCGUAGAGACACCGAGGUCACCGUCCUACGACACGACAUUGCUAUGGCGAAGGGAUUUAGCCAAGCGGUUACGGCGUCGUUCCAGACCCACGCCGAUCCCAGCUAGACAUCCCAAGGCUGCCGUCAUAGACAGAACUACCGAGAAACGAAAGUCGCUGCAGGAAACUACCAAGGAGGUAAAUAAACCAAUUAUUAAAGCUCAGUCCGUCAGAUCACAUGCGAGCAGUCGCACUGUGAUAGAAGCGCAGCUGUCUCAGGCGGAGCUCGAGGCCAGCGAACGGCUAGCGGAGAUAUCCCGGAGGGAGUUGCAGCUAGAAGCGGACAUGGUACGUAAACGGCUAGACGCCAGAAAACUGCAGAUCCGCGCUAAUGCGGAUAGCGCAGACGAGCACGAAUCUGCUGGUAGCGUGCGGAAUUCGAAUCAAGAUCGAUUAGACGAAUGGCUAGAGAAUUCGCGAGACGCGACGUCAAAACCCAUUUGUAAGAGGUUAACCGACGAACCUCUACCCAAGUACGAGACUCCGAGACGACCUGCGCAGGCGGAGCGGCAUAUUCGAGGCCUCUCACCGGACCGCCAGGCCAAAGCGUGCGGCGUUGCAGGCUGUCCUCACGUACACCAUCGACUGCUUCAUGCGGACUCGCCGCAGGAAGUGCGUGAGGAUACGGCUAUGGUGCUAACACAAGAAAUCAGGUCAGUACCUACAUCGUCAGCAGUGACGUCAUCGGCCGAGCCAGCGGACACGACGGAGCCGCGAGCUGCGGACGACGAGAACGACGCCCGCGUGUACGUGUCGUCAACGCCGGACUACAGCGUGCUGCUAAAGAGCCUGCUGGGGAUACUACUUCGAUUCCGUGAGUGGGAAUUCGCCGUCACCGCGGACAUACAGGAAAUGUUCCUUCAAAUACAGCUGCGAAGAGAGGAUCGGCAUAGUCAGCUCUUCAUCUGGAGGGGAUCGCGGCGUGACGUGACACCGUGGACGUACCAGCUAAACCGGGUAUGUUUCGGUAACAUCUCUUCUCCUUUUCUCGCACACUCGGUGCGGAAUAGGAAUGCGACGGACAACAAGGAUCGCUAUCCGGACGCGGUCUACGAUAUCCAUAAUAAUCACUACAUGGACGAUUAUGUGGCAUCAUAUGAGACAGAACGGGAACUCAUAUCAACAGCGACACAGGUGAGACUAGCACACGCGGAGGCUAGCUUUCGGCUGCGCAGCUACGCUAGCAACAGCGAGUUGUUAAUGCGAAACAUCGAUCCGGAGGAGCGAGCGACGGGACCUUCUCAUCUCGGAGAAAAGCAACAGACCGUCCUCGGAAUGACGUGGGACCCAGAGACGGAUACGCUGGGGUACAACACGAAAAUGCUACGAGUGCCAGACGACGUGAAAAGGUACGAGCGAUCGCCCACUAAAAGGGAACUUUUGAGUGCCGUAAUGUCAGUUUACGACCCAUUAGGCCUCAUAGCGCAGUAUAUGAUAAGCGCUAAGAUCAUAUUCCAACGUGUGUGGACAAAGGGCACGGACUGGGACGAGCGGCUGCCGGCGGAGGAAGCGGAGGACUUUUUCCGAUGGCUGAGGGCACUGAGCGACGUGUCCGCGCUGCGAAUACCCCGACGAUACGCCACGCCCACCGGUGCAGUUAGAAGAGAACUGCAUAUUUUCAGUGAUGCAUCGACCGAGGCCUACAGCGCGGCGGCCUAUUGGCGAGUAUCGAACGACGAGGAGGAAACGCAAGUGAGCUUAGCUAUAGCGAAAAGCCGAGUUUGCCCGCUAAAGGUAAUGACAGUUCCCAGGCUCGAAUUAACCGCAGCAGUCGUCGGCGUGCGGCUGGCGGAGACAAUUUUACGCGAGCAGCGUUAUCCUGUGACAAAGGUGACGUAUUGGACAGAUUCCAUGGUUGUUCUCGGAUGGGUUCGCGAUGACGCGCGAAACUAUCGUCCGUACGUGUCACACCGACUUGCGGAGAUCGCCGAGAAAACAGAUAGAGACGCGUGGAGGUAUGUACCAACCGCUCAGAACCCCGCAGAUCGAGCGACGAGAUGUCAACCAGCGCAGAGCGUGCGCAUCGAGGACGAGUGGUACGAGGGACCGCGCUUUCUCUAUGGACCCGAGACAUCAUGGCCUAGUCACACAUCGAAUCGAACAGACGACCUGCCUGAGAGGAAGGCGAGGCCGUCAACCGAGACAUCACUGGCGAUCAUCUCAGCGAAGCCAGACCCUUCGAGCGUACUGCCAGACGUGAGACGGUUUAGCAGUUACGACAGACUGUUGAACGCGACAGCGAACGUCUUGCUAUUCAUCGAGAAAAUGAGAACGAAGAAUAAAGCCUUGCAGCUACAAGUCAGACAUUUGAGAAAGGCAGAACACAUGUGGUUGCAAUACAGUCAACGACGAAGCUUUCCCGAAGAGCUUCGAGCCUUAAGCCAGAAUAGGCUCAUCGAUCGCAAAUCGCGAUUAUACGACCUGGCACCCGAGCUAGGCGAUGACGGCGUGUUACGCAUGAAGACGAGGCUGGGCAGCGCUCCAGUAUUGUACACCGCGCUACAACCGAUAAUACUGGAUGGCCGCGAGCCGUUCACCCGUCUACUCAUCCUGCGAGCUCACCGACGAUCAGCGCACAUUCACAACGAAGCAGUAAUCAACGAACUGCGACAAGAAUAUUGGAUACUACAUCUGCGGCCGACCGUGAAGUCUGUAGCUCGAAACUGCGCGCUAUGCACACUACGACGAGCAACACCGAGAGCGCAGCCCUUAGGCGAUCUCCCGCCCGAGCGACUACAGGCGUAUCAACGUCCCUUCACUCACACCGCACAAGACUACAUGGGACCGAUGUUCGUCACGAUCGGACGGCGCAGAGAAAAACGCUGGGUGUGUCUAUACACAUGCCUAGUGACGCGCGCUAUUCACCUUGAAAGCGUGCACAGUCUUUCAACCGACAGCGCGCUACUAUCACUACGAAGAUUCGCCGCGAGAAGAGGAUGGCCCAGGACGAUGUACAGCGAUAACGCGACGUGCUUCAGGGCGGCGGCGACGGAACUACGUGAGGCGUACCGGCAAUGGCUGCCUGUACUGCAAACUUACGCCACUCAGAACCGAAUGGAGUGGAAAUUCAUCCCACCUGGCAAUCCUUCGGCCGGGGGCGCGUGGGAGCGAAUGAUAAGGACAGUUAAGAUAGCGAUGUCCUACACUUUCAACGAACGAGCACCGAAACCCGAAGUUUUCGAAACUCUACUCGCCGAGAUAGAGAAUAUCGUCAACCGACGACCACUUACACAUGUCAACGUCGAUCCAGACUCCGAAGAAAGUUUGACUCCAGCACACUUUCUACUUCUUCAUAACGCUAACCUACCGAUGAUUGGCGUUUACGACGAGAACGAAAAGAAGCAAUGGAAGAUGGCCCAAGCGCUUGCCGACCACUUUUGGCGGCGCUGGACCAAAGAGUACUUUCCUCUACUGGCACCGAGGAAGUCGUCCCACGACGGAGGGCGGCAACUUCAACCAGGCGAUGUGGUCAUCGUCGCUGAACCCAAUGGUCCACGCAGCGUGUGGCCCCGAGGCGUCGUCGAGACUACCUACCCGGGACCCGAUGGACGGGUCCGCUCCGCUGACAUCAGAACGAGACACGGGACGCUACGCAGGCCCAGCUGCAGGCUGGCGGUCAUCGCGUCGCAACCCAUGCACCAGGAGUCUUCGACUGCGGGGACAAAAUGUUAG